GUCUUACACUUCAUUACAGGAUAUGAAUAGAAAUAAUCAAAUCAAAUUAUAAUUGAAUAAUAAUAUUGCUCUUUAAUUUUAAAAUUGUAUGAAAUAGAAAUAUAAAAGAAAAAAUUAAAAAAAAUGGCUGAAUCGGAAAUCGAUUUGUCUGGUGAUGGAGGUGUCCUGAAAAAGAUUCUAAAAGAAGGAGAAGGAAAUGAUACACCUUCUAAUGGUUGUAAUGUGUCUUUACAUUAUACUGGUAAAUUGGUUGAUGGAAAAGUAUUUGAUUCAAGUGUUGAAAGAAACGAACCAUUUGAGUUCCAGUUGGGAAAAGGAAGUGUAAUCAAGGCAUUCGACAUGGGUGUUGCAACUAUGAAGUUAAAAGAAAAAUGUGUUCUUACAUGUGCUCCCGAAUAUGCUUACGGUAAAGGUGGAAGCCCUCCAAGCAUUCCUCCAAAUGCAACUCUGAUAUUUGAGCUGGAAAUGAUGGGAUGGAAAGGGGAAGAUUUAAGUCCGGAUAGUGAUGGCAGUAUUGAAAGAGUUAUAAUAACAAAAAGUGAACGUAGAAAAACACCAACUAAUGGAGCUCAUGUUAAAGUGAAUUUGGUUGGUAAGUUUGAUGGCAAAAUAUUUGAUGAGCGGGAAGUUGAAUUUGAUGUUGGUGAGGCAUCGGAGGAAAAUAUUAUUGAAGGAAUAGACAUUGCAAUUUUGAGUAUGUCCCAGGGUGAAACAUCAAAGCUUCGAAUAAAACCCAAAUACGCUUUUAAAGAUUUACCAUCCAACUCGUUUUCAAUUCCAACCGACGCAACUGUUGAAUAUACUGUUACUUUAUUAGAAUGUGAGAGAGCCGUCGAAGAAUGGAAAUUAAAUGCAGAGGAAAGUUUAGUUCAGGCUAAAAUAUUCAAAGAAAAAGGUACUAAAUAUGUUAAGAAAGAAAACUAUAAGCUCGCAAUCAAAAUGUAUACAACAAGUAACAAUUUUCUCUCGAAUUGCGACGUAGCGACAAACAACGAAGCAAAGCUAAUAAAAUGUAUGGUUCAUCUUAACAUAGCUCUAUGUCAACAGAAAUUAAACGAUUUUAUAGAGGCCCAAAAUGCCUGUAAUGUCGCAUUAGAGCUCGAUGACAAAAAUGUGAAAGGAUAUUAUAGAAGAGGACAAUGUUAUAUAUCGUUAAAUGAAUACGACAAAGCUUUGCAAGAUUUUGAAAAGGUUCAAAAACUUGAUCCUAGUAAUAAAGCUACGGUAGCUCAAAUUGCAUAUUGCAAGCGAAAAAAGAAUGAAUUUUAUCAAAAGGAAAAGAAAAUAUAUGCUAAUAUGUUUGCUAAAUUCGCUGCUUCAGAUAGCCAGAAACAAAACUCUGAGAAAGAAGCUGAACCAGAUAUUUUAUCAUCCUGUGGUGAGUGGACUGGGCAAGAGGCUGAUAAAGCAUUUGAACAAGAUGAAAAUAUAAUAAUGUUAAAUAACGACAAUUAAAUUUUAAUAAAUCCACUUAUUGCAUUUCUCAUUUUCAUAGUUAA